GAUCCGUUACGGCGUGGGUUUCGCUGCGCGCGUCGUACAGUACGUUGGUAACACGCAAGAGUAUAGAUUUAUUACAAUGCCGUUGCUCCAUGUUCAUCGUUAAAAUGAAAAGAUAAAAUGACGAGUUUGUUUUCUAUAAUAUAAAUAAGAAAGGAUCUGCCGAAGUUUGACAGUUGACAAGUCUUCCUUUACUGUUAUGAAACGGUAUUGUCGGAUCUCGAAUGCUACAUUCAAUAAUAUGCAUGGACAAUUUAUGUAAUUUAAUGGUAUAUAAUAAUAUUAAUUAAUUACGAUGUAUAAUAAUAUAAUCGAUUAAGCGAGAAAGUAUUGUAAAAUGUAAAUUAUCAUUCAAACUAAGUAAUAUAACGUGGAUAUAGUAAUCGAAAACUGAUAUCGUUAUGGACAACAAUUUAUCUACUCAUGUUUUCGAAACAUUUUAAUUUCGUAAUUUGUUAAGAUUAGAAAUUUUGUAAUAAUUUAAGAAAUGGCUUCUGCUAUGGAACAACAACAGCAAACCACCUUAGAAUUUUAUCAGGCUAUGGCUGAUUUUAAAAAUAUGUUUCCACAAAUGGAUGACGAUGUGAUCGAGGCUGUAUUAAGAUCUAAUCAAGGGGCCGUGGAAACAACGAUCGAUCAAUUACUUGCUAUGAGUACCGACAAUGAAAAUGAAAAAAUCAGAAGCGAAUUAGAACAAAAUGAAAAAUCACCAAGUACCUCUAAAUCACCAAAAAUAGAUGCUGCCAAAUCUUUAAGGAUUAUACAUAAAUGGCAACCUGCUUUACUAGGACCAUUACCGGAUACAUUUCUUAAACUUUCCCAAGUUCCGAAAGAAAAUGUUGAUUCGUCGUAUUUAACGGAUUACUCUAUGCUGGAAGAUGAGAGCAUCGCCAUGUUUCUUCAGAACGAAGAAUUCAUGGCUGAAUUACGUUGGAACGAAGAUUUCUUAUCAACCUUGGAAAGUGAUACAAAAAUACCAGGAACGAAUCUUGAAAAAUGCAGUGGUCAGGUUGGUCACGACGAUGAAGACCUUUUUAAAGAAAGGCUUAAAAAUAUGGGCAAAAUGUCUCGGCGUAAGUUUGCACAACUUACCAAAGUGUUUACACGUAGUAAAAAACGCGGUGGCCGGCAACUAUUACCACCAACAGCUUCUUGCGAUGACUUACUGGAUCCUGAGGAGUCAUCUAGAUCUCAGUCUUAAAAAUUUUAGCAUCUUUCUUAUUUUAUCUAAGAAAGACAAUUUCAGCGUGUAUUAUCCAAAAGCAACAAAGAAGCAUAUCUAUAUCGAUACGAUUAAAUGAAAAAUAACAAGGAAAAUUUAGAUUGGAAUCGUUUUGCUUAUAAAACCUGUGUAAACUAGAAAUUAAUUAGCAAUUCACGUUUACGUUAUACGCGGUAAUUAUGCACCGAUACUUAUUGGAUUGCUUGGAUAUGAUUUGACAGACUUCAAACUCGGAAAGAUCAAAAAACGUAGAAUAUAAAAACAGUAUCCUUCGAUAUUCUAUAAAAGAAAAUGGAAAGCUGCAAAAUAUUUCGUAUUUUAAUAACUUACUACAGAUAAGUACACACUUAGAUAGUAACAAUAAUUACUACAGUUAUACUAUUAAGAUAAAAAUCUGUGAAGCUUUGAUAAAACAAUUAUUUUUUCUGUUACCACAAAAUGGUGACGGUUAUUUGAAAUUUUAUG